AUGAUAUUUAAUAUCCCUUUAUUGAAAUCAAAUAUAUUAUAUGAAAAAAAAAGACAUGAAUGUUGUCGUGAUCAUAAAUUAUCAGUUUUCUUCGGUGGUAAGAACACGAAAGAGUUAAAAGGGAUAAAAUCAAAAGACGUUAAGGGAUGGUUAAAGAAUAGAUUUUCUUACAAUUUUGUACAUAUCAGAAAGGAUCCUGAUUGGGGGCAUGGAUUUGUGCACUUCGAAAAUGAUGAUGAUAAAACUAGAUUUUACAAUUAUGUGAGAAACAAAAAAUUUAUCGGACCUCUAAGUAAAACAAUCAUGUUCGCAGAAGCACGUUCAAAAGGAGGAGAUGAUGAUGAUUAUGAUGAUGAUGAUGAUGAUGAUGAUGACGAUGAUGAUGGACGAUCUCCGCCCCUAUCACAACCAUCACCACAAUCAUUACCAUUACAACAAUCACUACAAUCCCUAGUACAGCCGCCCCUAUCACAACCAUCACCACAAUCAUCACCGUUACAACAAUCACUACAAUCUCUGGUACAGCCGCCCCUAUCACAACCAUCACCACAAUCAUCACCGUUACAACUACCGUUACAACAAUUACCACAAUCAUCACCGUUACAACUCCCACCACCACAAUCACCACAAUCAUCACCGUUAUAA